AUGACCGAGAAGGAGCGCGAGGAUAUCGUCGAGUUCGACGGCGGCGACUUCGCUCCCGAGGAUGUCGACGGCUUGCGUCAGAGGACCAUCUCGCAAAGCAGCGCCGAUAGCAGUUGGGGCGAAGGCUCGAGCGUUUCCCAUGACGCCGCUACCCCUUUGGCCACAGCCGCUGAUUCGCGAUCGAAGUUGGAGAGCGCAUCACAUGAUACCCAUGGGAACGACGCACAGGAUGAGCUUGACCAAGAAAAAGUCGAUUCCGAGACCCUGCUCGAGGCGGCAAAGGGUGAACCCGAAGCAAUCGAGACGGUGGCACAAGAGGAUCCGACUUCUUCGGUGGUCGAUCCGGCUGCUACGUCGGCAACGCCGAAGAAGGACCCUGGUGUUGAUGCCGAUAGCACACCCACAAAUCAUCGUCGCAGGCCGUCCGAGUCGUCCACUGCCGCCACCACAACCCCGUCCGCCUCUCGGAGAGGUUCUCUGCGGCAAAGACAUGUAGCAGCGAUGGCGAUGGAUCCCGUAAAGUCCUCUUCAAGCUCAUCGCUCGGUACCACAGAUUCGGAGCAGGCCGUCGAUCGUAGUCUCACCCCUUCCAAGCCGAGGAAACGCCGCUCCGCUCGAUCGUCCGCAGUUGCCUCUGCGCGUGCAUCCGAAACGGAAGAGUCGCGCGGCUGGAUCGCUCCCCGCAACGGGAACGCCGACAGUGCCACGGCCAACCGACGCGGUGCUGUCCCCUCAAGACGCAAAACCUCGUCCGCGAAACGAGCGAUUCGCAGGACCUUCUUGGCUUUGCGAGAUUUCCUUCUCGCCGUACUGCUGUCUCCGGUCAACUGCAUUCGAUUCCUGCGCAGACGUCGAGCUGUUCGAGCAGAAGAGGCGGUGGAAGCCAUCUACGAACGAGCACAGGUGCCCAUCCUCGAGAAAACAAACAGCGACGAACCAACGCCUACCCGAACGAAACGUCCACCUUCGCUGCGAUUCGCCAGCAAAACAGAACUGCAGCGUGAUCCCGAAAAACGGAGUGGGAACGCGAGUCGUCCGCGCACGCCAAAGCCGGAUGAAAAGGAUCACACGUUCCAGACUCAGGAGGAACCUGUCACCGAGGAUCAAGCCGCUGCAUUGGGGACCGUUUGGAAAUCCUUGGCGUUGGGGCAGCAGAGGACGCCGUCGAGGCUGCUGCCGAAUCCGCAGGUGAUCGAUCCGAUGCUGGCGCACAACAGCAAAGCCGAACCGAUCGAUGUGGUGAUGGCAGAGAAGGAGGCUGUGAUGGAAGCGGAGCGACAGUCACGGAUUGCCAAGGGGCGGGCUGCACGACGAGCGGCGGCGAUCGAGUCCGCAUCCGACGCUCGCUCUUCGCCCACCCCACAAGCUUCGUCGCUGUUACCGAGCAAAGUACCACGCGCACCUGCUAGCAGCGUCAUCCACCACUCACCCAAGAUCCUCGUGCUGGAUCUGGACGAAACGCUGAUCCACUCGACCUCGCGUUCGCCCUCGCACCUCUCGUCGUCCGGACGAACCACCACCUCGGGGUUUCUCGGUCUCGAAACCGCCGGAGCGUUCCUCGGUCUGCGCGCCAACGACAACCCACGCCGCAUCCGCCCGCACAUGGUAGAAGUGGUCCUCGACGGACGCUCCGUCCUCUACCACGUCUACAAACGUCCCUGGACCGACUACUUUUUGCGCAAAGUUUCCUCCUGGUACACCGUCGUCGUCUUCACCGCUUCCGUUCAGGAGUACGCCGACCCGGUCAUCGACUGGCUGGACCAAGGUCGUGGGUUGAUCUCAGCACGCCUCUUCCGUGAGAGCUGCAGUUUUAGUAAAGGAAGCUAUGUUAAGAAUUUGAAGGUGGUCGAUGAGGAUCUGAGUAAGGUCUGUUUGGUGGAUAAUAGUCCGGCUAGUUACAGGUUGAACAGGGAGAAUGGGAUUCCGGUGGAAGGCUGGACCAGUGACCCGAACGAUGAGGCGCUGUUGGAUUUGUUACCCGUGCUGGACAGUUUGCGGUUUGCGAGCGAUGUCAGGCAUAUUCUGGGGAUUAGAGGGUGGUAA